GUCUGCCUCUCUCUUCCCGCAUGCAUAUGCAUGCCUCUCCUCCCUGUGACGUCGCAGCAGUCCCGGGGUGAAAGCCGGAGCCGCUCCGGCCCCGCCAGUGAGGCUGUGAAUGACUGAGCAGCGGCAGCCGCCGCCCGAACAGCAUCACUGCUGUGCCGCCGCCGCCCCUGUGAGGCAGCCGGAGGGCGAGGCCGGCGGAGCCCGCAGCAGCCGCCGCCGGGGGGGAUUCUCCGGCGGCGCCAGCGCGAGGGGGAGCCGGAGCCGGAGCCACCCGCCCGGGGGAAGAUGCCGGGGCUGGGCUGGCGGCCGGCGCUGCUGCUGCUGGUGCUCGGCAGCCUCCGCGCCGCGAAAGUAAACAAGCACAAGCCAUGGAUUGAAACUUCGUACCAUGGGGUCAUUACUGAAAACAAUGAUACUGUCAUUUUGGAUCCUCCCCUUGUUGCUUUGGAUAAGGAUGCCCCUGUUCCCUUUGCAGGUGAAAUCUGCGCUUUUAAAAUUCAUGGGCAGGAAAUGCCCUUUGAAGCUGUUGUGCUAAACAAGACAUCUGGAGAAGGUCGUCUUCGAGCAAAACGUCCAAUUGACUGUGAACUGCAGAAGGAGUACACAUUCAUCAUCCAGGCUUAUGACUGUGGAGCAGGACCUAGCGGAACAAACUGGAAGAAAUCUCAUAAGGCAGUGGUCCAUAUCCAGGUAAAGGAUGUUAAUGAGUUUGCACCAGCUUUCAAGGAGAGCUCAUAUAAGGCCACAGUAACAGAAGGAAAGAUCUAUGACAGUAUAUUGCAAGUGGAAGCCAUAGACGAAGACUGUUCACCACAAUACAGCCAGAUAUGCAAUUAUGAAAUUGUCACUACAGAAGUUCCUUUUGCCAUUGACAGAAACGGUAAUAUCAGAAACACUGAGAAGUUGAGCUAUGAUAAACAGCACCUGUAUGAGAUAAUGGUAACUGCUUUUGACUGUGGGCAGAAACGUGCAACAGAAGAUGUGUUAGUACGAGUGGACAUCAAACCAGUUUGUAAACCAGGGUGGCAAGACUGGAGCAAGCGUAUUGAGUAUAAGCCUGGUUCUGGCAGCAUGCCUUUGUUUCCCAGCAUUCACCUGGAAACCUGUGAUGGGCCAGUUUCCUCAAUCCAGACCACCAUUGAACUGCAGACUAAUUAUAUUGGAAAGGGCUGUGACCGGGAAACAUACUCAGAGAAAUCCCUGCAGAAACUAUGUGGAGCAUCAUCAGGUGCCAUUGAUUUAUUACCCACACCUAGUGCAGUAACAAACUGGACAGCAGGGCUUCUGAUGGACAACAAUGAUAUGAUUUUUAAAUUUGAUGGCAAACAAGGAGCCAAAAUUCCCGAUGGAAUAGUACCAAAGAAUUUAACUGAUCAGUUCACCAUCACAAUGUGGAUGAAGCAUGGACCCAGUCCAGGAUUAAGAGCAGAGAAAGAAACUAUUCUUUGUAACUCAGACAAGACAGAAAUGAAUAGACAUCAUUAUGCCCUUUAUGUGCACAACUGUCGGCUGGUGUUCCUGUUGCGUAAAGAUUUUGACCAGGCAGAUACAUUUCGCCCUGCAGAAUUCCAUUGGAAGCUGGAUCAGAUUUGUGAUAAAGAGUGGCAUUACUACGUCGUCAAUGUUGAAUUUCCUGUGGUUACCUUAUAUAUGGAUGGUGCAACAUAUGAACCUUACCUUGUGACAAAUGAUUGGCCCAUUCAUCCAUCACACAUAGCUAUGCAGCUAACUGUUGGUGCUUGUUGGCAAGGAGGUGAAGUCACUAAACCAAGAUUUGCUCAGUAUUUCCAUGGCAGUCUUGCCAGCCUCACUAUCCGGCCAGGCAAAAUUGAGAGUCAGAAAGUGAUUUCCUGUUUGCAGGCCUGCAAGGAAGGUCUAGAUAUUAAUUCUCUUGAGAGUCUUGGCCAAGGAAUAAAGUAUCACUUCAACCCUUCCCAGUCAGUCCUUGUCAUGGAGGGAGAUGAUAUUGAGAAUAUAAAUCAAGCUCUCAGAAAGGUCUCAUAUAUCAACUCUAGACAGUUCCCUACCGCAGGUGUACGGCGUCUUAAAGUCUCUUCUAAAGUCCAAUGUUUUGGUGAAGAUGUCUGCAUUAGUAUCCCAGAUAUAGAUGCCUAUGUCAUGGUGUUUCAGGCUAAUGAGCCCAAGAUUACAGUAAGUGGAAUGGAUCACUUUGCUAGACCAGCUACACAAUUUGAAAGUGAGAGAGGUGUGACUCUGUUUCCAGACAUCAGAAUUGUCAGCACAGUCACCAAAACAGAACAUCCUGUGGACUUUAAAGAAAAUGAUAGAGUCUAUAAGCCAAUUGUGUUAGAAGAAAUGCUUCACAACUUGGAUUUCUGUGACAUUUUGGUUAUUGGCUUGGAGCUAGAUCCCAAACAGGAAUGUUUAGAGCUGGAUCAUAAGGAAAUUCAAGGAAAACAUCUAGAUGCUACAAAUUCCACAACAGGAUAUUCAAUCUAUGGUGUGGACACAAUGAGAAACUAUGAACAGGUGCUUCGACAGGUUCGAUAUCGUAAUUGGCAUGCUUCAAACAUCUUUGACAGAAAGUUUAGGGUGAAGUGCUCUGAGCUGAAUGGGCGUUACACCAGCAAUGAAUUUAAUUUGGAGGUUAAUAUUCUACACAACUCCAACUCUAAUUUCAUGGAGCACAUAAAUCAUAUGGUAGUACAGCCACAAUUUCUGCAAUCUAUUCACCAUCCAGAGGAAAGCAUAAACAGUAUUCAUGGCUCAGUUGUUCCAGGCGUAGCUACCAUUGUUAUAAUAAUCUGUGUUAGCAUAUUAGUCUUCAUCAUAGCCUUGGGUGUCUACAGAAUUCAGACAGCUCAUCAGCACAGCUCUACAGAAAAUGAAGGAAACAAAGAAAAUGAAAUGGAUUGGGAUGAUUCUGCUUUGACUAUUACUGUCAACCCCAUGGAGAAAUAUGAACAGCCUCACCAAGCAGAAGAGGAGACUGAGGAAGAGGAGGAAGAGGUAGAAGAUGAAGAGGAAGAUACAACCAGUGCUGAAUCAGAUGAAAGCGAUGAGGAGGAAGAGGUGGAGGACGAGGAAGAAGAAGAACUUGGAAAUAAGGGAAACAAACAGAAUGCCACCAGGUAUUAUAUCUCUACAAGUGAUUCUAAAGGCACGAGGCUGUUGAAAUCAAUAUCAAGAUAUACUGCACCGACUGACACCAGUUCAAGUUAGAAAUAGACUGCUAGGGUUUGUUAAAUCUUACUAUUCUCUAAAAUGGGAUGGUGAUAUUGUUUUGGAAUAAUCAUUAAUUCAAACAGAUAAUGGUUCCUGGGUGAUAUACAAUAUACUACAGAAAUUAAGAACAUGUAAGAAACAUUUGUUUGGAGAGAGAAGAAAUAUAGCUUGUUCAGGUCUUUGUAAUCACUAGGAACACCAUCCUUUCUCUGACAGUGCAUAGAUGCUGAUUAGAUUAAGUAAAUCUCUGCCAGUUGUUAUAUGUUUGUUGAAAAUGACAAUAUAAAACUUGUAGCAUAAUUUAAUUUUCAUGUAACCUAUUUCCAGUAAUGUAGCUUGAGGGAAAGGAAUCAAGUGCUGAAAAUCUUGAUGUCUAACACAUGAUUAAUAUCCUAAUUUCUUUCACUAUAUUUGCUUCACCUUUAUGGAGUAUGUUUUUCCUGCAAUGUUUUGUACACUAUUUCUCCAUUCCCUCUCCAGAACAAGGCAGUCAGGUGGUAGCAAUAGCUAGGGAGCUGUUCUACAGGAAAGACAGGUGUCUUAAUAUUUAGACUAAUACUUUAAAUGCACCUGGACAUUCAUCCCCUAUCUGAUAGGUGACAUUUUGGUGUUUGCUAACACAUUAGUUUUGUGGGUGAAGUUAUGUGGUAAUUGGAUCUUUGCAACUGUCAGACCAAUGAGUAAACACAGUGAUUCAAGUAAGAUUUAGUGAUUUUAUAUACAAAAAAUUCUCUUUCUGUUACUCCUGGUGGUUCAUUCACAUGCACUUGGAAACACACAUCAAGCUGGUUCAUUUGUUUAGUUCUGUAUCCUAAGGAGAUUCAGGCUGAUGACAAACAUAAGAUUGAUGCACCCUUGGUUGUAAAUUCCCAACCAUCUGUGUGAAGGAGGUUGCUUACUCUGUCAACUGCAGGGCAAAUUAGGAGAAGAGCAAGAGAUAAUUGAUGUUGUAAGAGUGGGAGCCUUUAAAAAUACUACAAAAUGUAUUGUAUUUCUUUGUGAAUUUUAAAUGUCUAUCCCAUUACCUAUCCCAUUACAGCUCUAUGUUAUUUUAAUGUAACAUACCUAAUGUUUUUACCAAUAUCAACAAUUUCACUUUUCCCAAAACUAUGUAACAGCUUAACAUUCAUGCCUUUCUCAGCUAAGGCAUAGGGUAGGUAAACUAACUUACACUAAGCCCUUAAUGACCGCAGAUUCUGGCUUUGCUGGUCUCAUUGGGUAUGAAUUCUAGAGGAAACAGUUUUCACAGAGAACCAGCUCCCUUCUAGCCCUCAGACUGACAGUAGAAUUGCCCCCACCAACCUUGGCUGUACUGCCUAUGUCCAAAUGACAUUGAGCUUUGCUAGCUAGUAUCCUCGUUUUGAUCUGCAUUGAAAAACCAAAUAGGAAGUCAAUGGGGUCUGUGAAAAUUAUUUCUACAUGGUCUCAGAGGGUAACAGUGUAAUACCAGCCAGGGAUUCCCUCAUAAGGCAGAGUAGUGUUGGGACCAUUGCUCUAGAUUAUUCUAAUAUUUUUAAUAAAGGAAAUAGAAGCCCAUUAUAAAGGCAUUAGUUGAGAGUACUUUGGCUGAUUUAGCCUUUCUUUUUAGACAAUAUUAGCUGGAAAAAUAGCCCUCUUUUCACUGGGAAAACAAGGCAAAAUGGCUAUCCUCCAGUGUCUGAGAGUUAAAGCAAAUUAAAAUAAAUAUUGCGUAAGCCAUGUCAAACCUAAGAAAUAUCUUUGCUAAAAAAAGACUGCAUUGUUUUAAAACAUGCUUGUUCAUUUCACGAGGCUUGAGUAUCAUUAAGGGUAAAAAAUAUCACAAAAAAUACUAACAGAAAAGACACCAUAUUUGAAGGUCCAGUGAUGUAAAGGGGAUUCUACAAAUUUGUCAGCAUUCCCCGGGGUUCUGUGAAUUCAUAAUGCCACUCAUGGUGACUAAAAGGAUGGUUUGUCCUUGGAUCUGAUCCAAUAUCUCCUGAAAAAAAAUUCUUGAUUUCAAUGGCUGUUGGAAUAGACCCACUGACAGCUUAGUUAUUGCCUUUGUUUCCUCAUCUGACAAACGGGAACAAGAAUAGUGACAUCCAGCUUAGGGGACACUGUUAAUGCAGAUAAUGAAUGACAGUCUUUGCCCCAAAGUGUGUACAAUCAAGACACAGGACUAUUGUUUUAUUAACUGUUGCUUAUGGGGAAAUAUGAUAACUGUUUUGAAAAAAAAAUGUUCUCUGAGUAACCAAAACCCUGACAGAUUCAAUAUAGCCAGACUUUGAUAGUUAGCGUACAUGUAGAAAAGAAUUAAGAAAAAAACUUCAAUACCCUAAAUUCCGUUUGCCAGCAAUAGAGAUAAGGAGUCCAUGUACCACAUAGUGCUGGAAUGUGUGUGCUAGUCAGAAGGGAAGGGAACAGAAGAGCAAUUCUGCAAUUCAGUAUGUUCUGUGAUUAAAGAAAGACAAUGGGUUUUGCUAGGCAAGAUGCUAACAAAUUCUGCCAAAGACAAGGAAAAACAUUUUAAAGAAUCAAGCCCUUAGGCUCCUCUCUUGUCCAUUUUAAUCAGAUUUUCUGCAAAUGGUAUUUAACAAGAUGAAAUGCACUUCAAAAAUACUAAUGAAUAGAAAAAGAACCUUGACAAUGCUAAAAGCUCAUAUUGAUCCUGUAAGAAAAAAUGAGAGCAUCAGAUAGAAGGAUUUUUUGUUGCUGCCUUAAAAGGUUGUGAUGAGGGUUUUUUUGUUUUUCUUUCCCUUUUUUUGUGACAAGUAAUGAUCACUCUGUGUCCCUUCAUAUUUAGCCACUUAUGAAGCCACAGUCCUCAGUCAAGUGUGCUGUUCCCAGGGGAUCCAAGGCAUGAUUUUCUUGGCCCUGUACCUACUUCAGUCAUUUCCAGCUGGGCAAAAUGUAUGUAAACUAGUAUAGUUAUGCUUUGAUAGCAUCCAGUCUCUUUCACUUUGCAUUGGUAUAAAAUGGCUCUCCAAGGGAAUGGAGGCUGCCAAUUUCUCCUGUGAAAAUGAAAUAUACCUAGCUUGUUUUCCCCUAUGCAUCUAUUAUCUCCUUCAGACAGGAGGGCCAAUCAACCUCUGGCUGUAGUUAUUCCUUGCUCCAAUCUCUAGUAUAGUAUAGGAUACUCAAGACCAUAUAACAUUACAGCCUACAUAGGACACCAACUCAAGACUGCUACUCUAAUAGGAUGAAGGAUCCUUGUGUUGCCCUCUCUGUUUCUUAACAGAGGCCUCAUAAAAAAUCCUGAUAGCUGGUAGGAUUUUCAAAAAAGCUUAAUUUUUUCAGUCAGAGUUGGAUACCUCCUCCCUUUAUGUCCAUUUGAAAAUCUAGCCUUUAGUAGAAAUUUUGUUGUUUUUCAUGAUUUAAUUCUAUUUUAAUUUUGUUGAUGUCAUUCUGUUCUCAGUUCCUCAAGCUAUUAACAAUUAGCUCAAUUGAACAAAGGUUAUUAAGAUCACUGUGACUAUGUUUAUCACUAAAGUGAAGUCUCCAAUUUGCAGCAAAAAUGGUAAUGUUAUUUUCAGUAGGGUGCAAAGACUCUGCAGUACUGGGAAAGAUUAACAUUGAUAUUUUGGCUACGCAACCUUUGUUGGAAGGAGGAAAGAGAAUAGGUUAAUAUUAGUUGGGCAGUGAGGAAAUGGGAUGAAUAGUUAGGUAAUGGCAAGAGGUAAGGUAAAGCAAAAUAAUUAAUAGUAAUGAAUGCUGGAUAGAAACUCAGAGGGUUAAUUUUUCAUGCUGCUAAAGAGAUGAGAAAAAUUGAGGUUUCACUCAAAGUCUCAGAGUAUCACUCAGUUAGAAAAGGGAACAAACCUAGUUACUUCUGGACUAACAGGUAUCUGCAAUGAGCAAUUUUAGAAAGGAAGCUGAAUGUUAAAAUUAAAGAUGUUCUGAGAUGUAUUUCUGCUUAAUAUUUAAUCUUUUACGGCUUGGAGGUAGUUGUUGUGGUAAUGAAAUAAAAUUAUGUUUGAUUUAGCUUGGGUUGCUGCUGCCAGUGGCUGAGUUGGUACAUUAGUUAUAGCACCUCCAGCAGAGACAGGAAGGCAAAAGAACCACGACAAAUGUUUAUGCACUGUUCCUGUCUUAUGUAGGGAAUGUUUUAUAGGCAGGAUAGGUCUGCACUGAUUUGUAUGAAUGCAAAUUCUGUAGGUAAUCACACACAAUUUAAUAACACAGUCACUGGAUAUUUUAAUUUGACAGAAGAUGCAAAGACAUUUCAGCAUUCAGAACUGUGUUAAGACAUUUCAAAGCUAUGCAACACAAAUUCAUUUGAUAACUAAAGAAUAAGGUAUGCUUGAUAAAGAUUGCAUUUAUUAUUACAGAUUUCUUAACUGCUAUAUUAAACAGGUUUUAGGUUGUUGCAAAGGUCCAGAUGUUCAAGUUUCCCCUAAUUUUGUGUGCUGCAAUUUUGAAAAUGCUCCAGAUGUGAUACAGUUUCAGGUAUGUUGAUCACACACAAAUCCAGUAGAAGGUGGAAGUGGAAGAUGUUUUGUUUCACAAAAAUGUCUCAAACUAAGCAUAAAAAAUGAAUGGAGCUUUGAAAAAAAAGUUUGAAAUACACAGCCUGUAUUAUAUGUACUGCACCACCAGAAUCCAAGUAAAUAUCAGUUAGUGGCUAAUUGGUAGUACCACAGUUCAGAAGAUAAGAAUGGUGAUGAUAAAAGGCGUGGGUGAGAAGUCAUUCAUCGCUUUGGAGAGUAAAAAAAACAUUUAAGUCAAGUGAUUUUUAAUGAUAUGCGCUUCCCAGUUACAAGACACCAAAUUGUAAGAGAGAAUGAAUUACCAAAAUGUUUAAAAAUUGCUCUUAGAACAUGUAUUAGCUCAUCAAAUCCCAAUAAUAGAAAUUAAAGAAUGGUAAAAAAUUAGUUCAGCUAGUCUAUCACACUAACUCUUUAGGAUUAUUCCUUAUAAUACAUUUUCUUGUGCUUCCCCUCCCCACCGCCUGCUCCCAGUCUAGUUAAGUGUUUCUAAGCCUGGGGCUUCCACUGCUUCCCUUGGGUGACUAUUCCAGAGUCUAAUAGAAUUUGUCAUUAGAAAUCUUUUUCCUGAAAUUCAGUUUAAAUGUUCCUUUUCUUAAUUUCAUCUAAUUUCUCCUUGUUAAAGUAUUACACACUUUUUCACUAAGCUAAAUAAUUCCUCUUCCUAACUAUGCCCUUUGAAUAUUUGUAGACUGUUAUUCAGUUAUACCCAUUGGUCAUUUAUUAGACAAGCCAUACUUAGUUCUCAUAUCCUUGGUCCCUAUACCAUCCUCUCUAAACCCUAGAUCUUUUGUGUUGCUGUCUUCAUGAAGUUCUCGCCUCCUCACAAGAAGUAGUAUUUCCCUUUAUUAGUCAUGGUCAGUUCACUCUCUCAAAGUGCUAUGUGCUAUUGUGUAGGAUCUCAAAGAUGAAACAAAUACUAAAUUUAUAAUGGAGCUAAUUUUAAAUUACCUUGGUAGUAUCCUACAGAUAAUCUCUGAUGCCACCACAUGCAUGUCCAAAUAGAAACAUGACAGUGUCCCCCUUCAUAUCAGUUGGUUUUUAACACUGGAGUUCAAGCGGCCAGGACAUUAAGUAGCUCUAGUAUUUCAUUACUUAGAUGAAUUUGAUACUUUUAAUAUAAAAGAGACACUUUUUGUGUGCAUAUCUUAUUAAGUUCCUAAAAUUAUUAAAAGAAUGAAAAAAUACCCCUCCUCUUUGAACAAUACAGUCAAAAGUCGUCAUUAGUUUCACAUGGUUAUUAUUAAGAGUUGCUAGUACAUUUAGCUAUUCCUGUGAUCUGAUUGGCUAAAUGAGCUUGACCACAUAGAUAAUUACUUGAAAUCACUGAUUUUGCAUACUGUAGUAAAAUGAAACUGUGUCAGUCUCUCAGGGCAUGUCCAGACAAACGCGCAUGUUUGCUUCCCUGAGGACAAGUAGCAGCAGCACACCUUGUUACAAGAGUAUCCAGGGGUAAAAAAAAACAUGGAAAAAAAAAACAGCACACACAUGGGCAGCACACCCUUUCAGUGUGGCAAUCACCAGUCUGUGAGGUAUGCAGCAUUGCAAAUGUGUUUGCGGUGCCAUAUACCGUGUGACCACACUCGUCUGGAUGCACCCUCAGAGUUCUGGGAUUCUGUAACUGGCCCAUAUUUCUGUGCUGCAGUUGCCUACAUGCUGAUUGGCAUGAUAAUUUUGUACCAAAAUGUGGUUAUUUUUCAAACAACAGCAUGCAAAUUCCUGUUCUCUGGCUUGGAAUCAUUCAGCAGGUUACACCAGGAAGCUGGAAUAUGCCUCUUUGUUACACAGGUGCGUAGUGGAGGCAGUAAGGCAAAAGAAAACUCCCCUGCUGGCUCAAUAUUGUAUGGCCAACUUAAGACCAAGGCAGAACUGUAGUGCCUGUGCUCAAACAGAAUAUAAUUUUCUGUAUCCACACUUCCGAGCAUGUUUUGAAAAGCUGGACCUAUUACUCCUGUGGCUGGCAGCAGUCUAUAAAGGCAUGUACCAGUACAUACCUGGGAGCUCCAACUGCCAUUGUGAAGGCCCCAAUGAAGCAGAAGAGCUUCUGAUGUUUAUGAGGUUACUGUACAUUUGCUCCCUUCCCAGGACAUGUAUGUGCUGAACAGGCAUGAUCUAAACAUGCAUGGUCUCCUAGCUGGAAAGAUAUAACCCUUAACUGGAUACUGCAUGUCUCAUGUUAUUACUUGCUACUGCUAGGUCAUGUAGCCAAAAAAUAUGCCAUCCCAGAGCUAGCCAGAAAGCACCAACAAAUCAUAAGAACAAAUUCACAGGAAUAUAUCAGUUUCCAAUUUCAACACCUAAACUUGUCCUGCAACAACCUCCCUCUCCCCCGCAACCACGAAUGCAGUUUAAUAGAUUUUAAAGGAUUAUGUUUAUUAGGUGUAAGGGAGCUUAAACAUUCUGUGGUAAUGUAAAGAGGUAAGAAAGAGCAAGAUGGUGAAAAACCAACUAGAAUGGAGUGCAGAGAUAGAUCAAAUAUCAGAAAUUCAGGCAUCAGUGUUAAUUGGAUCAAUUUUCUGAAGCAAAUCCUACCUGCAGCCAAUCAGUAAAGUAUAAGGCUUUGCACAAAUGAGAAAUAACCAUACAGUUUUGGGUAUAACAUCCUUUUGCUUUAAUUGGCUGGAGCAGUUCAAUUUUCCUGAAUUUCAUAGUAACUUGGUAGUAAAAUGAUGCUUUACCUUGGUGCAUAUUCCAACAUUACGUAAUUAGAAUAUGCAUACUUUUCACAUUAAAAUUUUAAUUGGCAAAAUUUUCUUCCAUUUUGGUGCAUUAGUUCUUGCUGAUGAGCAAUAAUUCUAUCUGUUAGCAUUAUUUUUUUCUCAUUUUCAGAAAGUUGCCGAGCAGGUAGACAGUUUAUUUUCUGUGUAAUCAGGACUGCUUUUGUUGACAAGAAAAUAUAUAAGAUGGGAUACAAAUGAGUCAAAUGCAUACAAAGGUUGUUGUGAGCUCUUUAAUGUCUCAAAGAAACAGUAUCUUCAGCCUUGGAGAAGUGCUAAUUAUAUUAACUAUGUUAUUGUACAUGUGAAGCAAUCAUAAACCACAUCUUAAAAUGUCUUGUUGCAAGUGCUAAAUGCAUUUAUGGAAGAGUGGAUACAUACAAUUUAUGCAGGAUGAUGAGUUAUAUAAAUAUGCAAUUAAAAAGUGAGUAUGAAUUGAGAAUGAUUCUUGAGCAUUGACUAAAAUAUGCUUACUGAUUUUUUUAAAAAAAUCUUUUCUUUAACAAAAUGUACAGUUAAAAAAAAUGACACAUGGUAAAGUGCAUUGAAAAUUAACUUUAUAUGUAGUGGGAAUACGUUAUUUUUUCCCCCAUAACUUUGUGGUAUAAUCCAUAGAAACCAACUCACUUUAAACGAUCAUUUCUGAAUAUGAGAUUGUUAAUAUCCUGGCAUUUCCCACAUGAUUUGUUAAAUGCAUAUUGAAAAUAGACCUGUUAUUUUAAAACUUGGCCUGUACGUGUAUAAAAACAGAUUCAUUUUUGUGGUCACUAUGGCACUUUCUGUGAAUUGGCCAAUAAAUAUGAUUUUAGAAUUUCACAUAAAA